AGCCACCAGCAAGGACAGCCCGCUGCACUUUGCUUUCCUGAAUCUCGCUGUGCACAGCUUUGCACCUUUGGGGCUCACCAGCUGAUCCCUUCACCAUGAGCUGCAGCAUCAAGAGAACGUCCAGCACCUCGUACAGGAGCGGAGGGGGAGGUGGCGGUGCCUGCGGAGGCAGCAGCGGCCGCAGCUCCUCCGUGUCCUGCCGGCGCUACGCCUCCUCCGUCAUCGGCGGGGGCAGCUACGGCGGGGCAGCCUGCGGGGGCUACGGCGGCGGCCUGAGCAUGGGCAGCCUCGCCGGGGGCUUUGGCGGGGGCUUCGCGGGGAGCUGCGGCCCCGGCGGGGAUCUGCUGCUCAGCGGCAAUGAGAAGGUCACCAUGCAGAACCUCAACGACCGCCUGGCCUCUUACCUGGACAAGGUGCGGAUGCUGGAGGAAGAGAACGCUCAGCUUGAGCACCACAUCCGAGAGUGGUACAGGAAACAAGCUCCCAGCGUUUCCAAGGACUACAGCUCCUACUACCAGACCAUUGAACAACUCCAGAGUCAGAUUAUUUCUGCCACUGUGGACAACAACAAAAUGCUUUUGGACAUUGAUAACAGCAAGAUGACUGCUGAAGACUUCAGAAUGAAGUAUGAGAAUGAGCUGGUCAUCCGUCAGACCGUGGAGGCCGACAUCAAUGGCCUGAGAAAUCUCAUGGAUGACCUGACUCUGGUUAGAUCUUCACUGGAAUCUGAGCUGGAGUCCUUGAAGGAUGAGUUGAUUGCUCUCAAGAGAAACCAUGAGGAGGAAAUGAGGCAGCUCCAGUCUCAAACUGGUGGUGACGUGAGCGUGGAGGUCAAUGCUGCCCCUGGACAAGACCUGACAAAGAUCCUGAAUGAACUGAGAGAUGAAUAUGAGCAGAUCAUUGAGAAGAACCGCAGGGAGGUGGAGCAGUGGUAUGAAGUCAAGAUCCAAGAAGUCAAUCAGCAGGUCACUUCCAGCAGCCAGGACAUCCAGACCAGCAGCCACCAGCUGACCGAGCUGAGGCGUGAGAUGCAGAACCUGGAGAUCGAACUGCAGGCACAGCUCAGCACGAAAAGCUCUCUGGAAAACUCCCUGGCAGAAACUGAUUCUCGCUACAGCUUCCUGCUGCAGCAAAUCCAAGUGCAGGUCAACUCCGUGGAGGAGGAGCUGAGCAGCAUCCGCUGUGAGAUGGAGGCUCAGAGCCAAGAGUACAAGAUGCUCCUGGGGAUAAAAACCCGUCUGGAGCAGGAGAUCCAGCAGUACCGGGCACUGCUGCAGGAGGGGCAGCAGGAUCUUGUAGCCUCCCAAGGAGCUUUCCAAGGAGGUGGAAAAUCCUCCCAGUCAUAUUCUGCUUCCUACUCUCAUUCCCAGUGUGGAGAAAUGUCAGGGCAGUCAAGAGUGUGUUAAGAUACCAGUGAUGUGUUGGGCUUCCCUGAUCCAGUCAGUGCCGUGGGAGCAGCCAGCCCUCAGCAUGGUGUGACCUACCCCAUGCACAGACUGCUCUCCAAAUGCUCUCCAAAUGAAAUCAAAAUUAAUAAUUACUAGGCUUUUCCUAAAACUAUCUACCCCUCCCUUUUGAUCCUGUCCAGCACUGUGAUCAGUGUGCUCACACACAGGUCUCCCCAGUGCCCUUGGUUCUGAACUGAACAACAAUUCCUCGAAUAAAGCUUUAUCUUUCUGCAAUGCAAAGAAAA